GAUACAGGCUCGAGCAUCUACACAGGACAGGACGCAUAGACCUUAUUAUCAAAUAGUCAACUGGAUUUCCAUCAUACUCACUGCACCAACAAGCUUGCUUGCAUUUGACAGCUUCGUGCCUUCCGUUCAGAGUCAUUAGCACCGCCACAGUUUCCCGACAUGACAGCCCCACUAAAGUUGCUCAGAGGCAAACCACUCCACGUCCACGCCCACGCCCACACCCUAUCCUUUGUGCACGCCACCGUCCAGUCACUCUUUUUUACCCUUUCAUUUCUAGGGACAUCGCGACGGCAACACCAUGGGUCGCAAACGCGGGGCCAAGGACACCUUCAAGAACUCUAGGGGGAGCAAAGGCAAAGGCAACGGCAACACGCCUCGCCGCCACCAGCACCGCGGAGCCUCCAAUGGGUUUGGCAGAUAUGACGGAGGAGACGAUGAAGGCGGUCUCUUCUCCCUCAAAGACGAAGCUCUCUGGGCUGCAAACCAUCGCAGCAACGCCUUCACAGCCGGCAAGAAGCUGCGCUUUCUCAAAGUGGAAUUCGUGAGCGCCGGCCAGCUCGAGGGUACCAUACCUGAGAACCUCCUCCAGAAGAAGCCCGAGCCCCCUUCGGCAUCGCCUGGCCCCGCCGAUGCGAUGGCAAACAUGGAGAUCCGCAGUGCCUCCCCUUCCCCUUCGCCUUCCCAUUCCGGUUCGAGUUCUGGCGACGAGGAAGUCAUUGUUUUCAGAGGCCGCGCCAAUCUGUCACCCGCACAACCGGUCCGUCCCCAACGGUCUUCGGGCAAAUCUACACCGGAUGUAGUCAGCAAGGAGGGUACCCGCUCGACACAUCUUAGUGGAGCAAGCGCUUCUGAUUCUGCUACCUCGGUGGCUCCCGCUACCUCUACGGCCGAGCGCGAAGUCCCCUCCACCCACAUACAAGUUGCCGAGGUUGCGGAGGUCACUAUUGAGACGGUUGAGCCUGGUCCGGAGCCUACUGAAGCACAGGAAGAAGCGGAUUCAGAUUCAGAUGCCGAGAGCGUUGUCAGAGAUGGCUUUGAGAAACGACUUGGUGGGAAAUCUCCCUGGAUGAUCAACACCACCCCGUGGGAGUCAAGAAGCAAGCCCGGGAUCGGAUGGCUUCCGGUUGAUGACAGGCCGGGUAUGGAGUCAUUCGUCCGCGGCGACGUGGAUCCGAGGGACGCAGCUAUGGAGGACUAUAUGGAGAACAUACGGAAGGACCUGGAGCUUGACCCAUCUCUCACUUUCGGUCGGCGGGAUUUGGACCUAGUCUCCGAUGAUGACCAAGUCGAAGACGAGAUUGCCGAGGCCUCUGACGUCUCUCUGUACCUGGAGUAUUCUGAUGAUCUCUCUGGUGGCGGGAGCGAUGGUGAUGAAGGCACCGAUGCGGAGGAAGGAGAGGAGGAAGACGAGGAUGAGGUUGACAUGGACGACGAAAAGAUCGCAAGGAUUCUCCAGAAGCAGGAAGAGCUAGGCCUAGGCUCCGACGAAAUUCUUCUUGAUGAUGCCGACUUUUUCAGCGGCCCUGUGGGGGAGCCAGCUUACGAGAUUGAUCGGCCAACAAACAGGAAGCAACGGCGUACGAUGAAUCAUAAGAAACGCGCCCAAGCAACCUUCCCUUCGGCCUCUGCACUGGCUGACGCCCUCGACAUGGACCCAUACAAUGGCUUCGACGUCAUGGAUACCGAGCGCCCAUCCCUGAAACCAAAGAAGAAAGGCCGCCGCGGUCAACCCCCUCCUGAGCUCUCCGAUGAUGACCUGAACGAACAGCUCCAAGCUACCUGGGAGCGAGACCGAGCCAAGAAACGCCUUAAGAAGGCGGAGCGUGAAGAGCUGAGGAAGCUGGGCUUGUUGGGCCGGAAGGGCAAAGCUCCCGAUCUCAGUGUCAAAUACGCCGGCGGUCACACCCUCGAAGACAUUGUCGAAGAGAUCCGCGAAUGGAUGUUCUCCGAGCGCGAACAGUUAUCUCUGCCGCCCAUGGAGGCUGGUCGUCGCGCCGUUGUCCACCAGAUGGUCAAUCAAAUCGGCGUCAGUUCCAGGUCUCGCGGCUCCGGAGCAGAUAGGUUCACCGUGCUGUCCAAAACUAUCCGUACGAAGAGGGUGGAGGAUUCCUUCUUUGACGCUCUCAUUCAGCACAAGGGCUAUAGAGCCCGUUUCCACUUCGCAUCUUCCUCCCGCCGCGGCGUCAAAAACGGUACACCGCGUCAAGGUGUCGGCGGCGGCGGUCGGCCUGGUUUCAUGUACCGUGAGGGCGAGCUGGUCGGUGCUAGGGCCCCGGAGCUGGGUCCUGAGAACAAGGGACAUGCGUUGCUGGAGAAGAUGGGCUGGACCAAGGGCAUGGCACUCGGGGCGGUGGACAAUAAGGGCAUCUUGCAGCCGAUUGCGCAUGCGGUGAAGAUGGGCAAGGCUGGGUUGGGCUAGAGUGGCGAUCCGGCUGGCAACGUGGCGGUCUCGGUGGAGGGACCGGAGAGGACGAAACUUCGAGGAAGACUGCGAGCUCUUGGAAGCAUCUUAAUUAAGCGCA